AGUCCGUACCUGUGUAAAUACUGCGUGUUGUUUCAGGAGAAAACAAAUAAACAAAUACCCAUUCGUCUUCAGAGUAAUGCAACUUAACGUAACGUUUUCCACUCUAUCUUAGUCUUAGUCAAAAACAUUGGACAACCUUUUUAAAGAACAAACGCUGAUUUAGAAGUGAACAUCUGCGACCUGCGGCCUUCAGAAGAUAUACAAUGUUCUCAGGAGCUGAUACAACUAAUGCAGAAGUGGAAAGGGGCUUUAAUCUGGAGAACCCACAGUGUGAGCUCCGUGUGGUGGGAACUAUCUUGACUUCAUCGGGAUCUCUUCCCUCUUCAGUGACCAACCGAGACGGCUGGUUGCCCUGACAACGUAUAAACAGCAGCAGACAGCCGUUACCUACCGUUACCUACCGUUACUAGUCUUCUUUUGCUUUUAACGGUUUCUCCUUUACUUGUUGAAGUGCUGCUAUGUUUUGAAAAGGUUAAAUAGCUAAAUCGUUUGUCAAGUAAGUUGAACCCGACUCUUAUCGCGAUGCCUGUUUCUAACAACAACGUCGCAGCAUCUGUGAGAAAGGGCUCAAUUGUUCAGAAGGCCCCUGGUGCGAAGUCAAACAAAACUGCAAGUAAGAAAAAGGAUGAGGAAGAGGGUGUGGACACAGGUGAUGGAUGGGAUGAGUGGUCUCAUGGGAAAGGGCUUACUAAGCCUCCAGAUCAGCUGGAGCUCACUGAGGAUGAGCUGAAGACAGAACUCACAAGGAUCCUGACUGCAAACAACCCACAUGCACCACAAAAUAUUGUCCGCUACAGCUUCAAGGAACGUUCCUACAAGCCUACCAGUGUAGUGGAUCAGAUGGCUGUUCACUUUGUGUUGGAUGGCAGCCUCCUGCAUCAAGACUCUGAUGAGGCUCGUAGACUGAGGGCCAAGGAGGGUCUCCCUGAGGAGACUGCAACAGUCGACACUGGAACAGAACCUGAUGAGGAGAAACCAGAAACUCCGGCAACACCUGUAGAGGAUGGAGGGGAAGCGGGAGAAGAGGACAGACCAGACAGUGUUGCCUCCAAAACUGACAAGAAGGAGCCAAAGAUUACUAACCAGUUCAACUUCAGUGAGAGGGCCUCCCAGACCCUCAAUAACCCACUGAGGGAAAGAAGCUGCCAGACUGAACCUCCUCCACGCAGCAUCUUCUCUGCCACUGCAAAUCAGUGGGAGAUUUAUGAUGCGUACGUCGAGGAGCUGCAGAAACAAGAAAAGAGUAAAGAGAAGCAAAAAGCUGUACCAUCAAAGAAAGAUAACGACAUAAGCAAGAAGAAGAUGAUGCUGACGGAGACUCAGAGCGAUGACAUCGGCAAAGUGGACAAGGCGUCCAAGAUCUUUGAACGAAUGGUCAAUCAGAAUAUAUUUGAUGACAUAGCACAAGAUUUCAAAUACUUUGAGGAUGCGUCUGAUGAGUUCAGAGAACAGGAGGGCACCCUUCUCCCUUUGUGGAAGUUCCAGUAUGAUAAAGCUAAAAGACUGUCUGUCACUGCCCUCUGCUGGAAUAAGAAAUAUCAGGACCUUUUUGCUGUGGGAAUGGGAUCAUACGACUUCAGUAAACAGGGGCGUGGCAUGCUUGUCUUCUACUCUCUGAAGAACUCUGCCUUUCCAGAGUACAUCUACCCCACUAGUUCUGGCAUCCUGUGCCUCGACAUCCAUGAGCAGCAUUCCUACCUGGUGGCGGUCGGCUUCUAUGACGGCUGUGUGGCUGUCUACAACUUGAAGGAGGAGGGUGUGGAACCUGUGUAUAAGAGUACAGCUAAGACCGGCAAGCACACUGACCCCGUCUGGCAGGUUCACUGGCAGAAUGACGACAUGGACAACAACCACAAUUUCUAUUCUGUAUCAUCUGACGGCCGAGUUGUGUCCUGGACACUUGUCAAGAAUGAGCUGGUGUUUACAGACAUUAUCAGGCUGUCACUGAAUGGUGCUGUCUCUGAGGGGCCAGAAGGUGCACAGCAGCCCAGCAUCGCCUGUGGAACAUCAUUUGACUUCCAUAAACAGAUCGACUACCUCUUCCUAGUUGGCACAGAGGAGGGGAAAAUACACAAGUGCUCCAAGACGUACUCAAGCCAGUUCCUGGAGACCUAUGAUGCCCACAGCAUGGCAGUGGAUGCUGUAAAGUGGAACCACUUCCACCCAAAGGUUUUCAUUUCUUGCAGUUCGGACUGGACUGUCAAGAUCUGGGAUCAUACCAUCAAUACUCCAAUGUUCACGUUUGACCUGCUUGCUGCUGUUGGUGAUGUUGCCUGGUCUCCAUACUCCUCCACUGUAUUUGCUGCUGUCACAACAGAUGGGACAGUUCAUGUUUUUGACCUCAACAUCAACAAAUAUGAGGCCAUCUGCCAGCAGCCAGUGGUGGCCAAAAAGAAGACAAAGUUGACUCACAUUGAGUUUAAUCCAAUCUAUCCGAUCAUCAUAGUGGGUGAUGACAGAGGCUACGUCACCAGCCUCAAACUCUCCCCUAACCUCCGCAAGAAACCCAAGAGCAAGAAGGGUCAAGACAUGCCUAAGGGUCCAGAAGUGGAAGUAGUCAAGAUGGAGAAGCUCCUCAGCCUGUUGAGAGAACCAGAGCAAAGCACAGUUUAACAUGGCCUCUGAAGCUUCUCUCCCCAACACAGCAACAUGGUACAAUCUUUUAUUCUCAUUCAUAAAAAUCCCCACUUCCUUUGCUCAGUUUGUAAACAGUCAACAACACUGAAAUAACAAGAAAACUAUUUGUAUAUGUUUAUUAAAAAUGUUUUCCUCUGAUCCUCUUAAACUGUUAAUAAAUGAUUCAUGUUCAAUUAAUAAUGCAUGUAUUUAUACUGCAGUACUUGAUACAUAUUAAACAGGCAACAUUAGAGUUCCAUUGACUUGACUGACCUCUUCUGCAGGGAUUUAAUAAACCCAUUUCGUAUGUAUUGUACAAGUUGAUUAAGCUGAAAAGUGAGGGGGGAGAGUUACUGCAAGUGAACUGGGAGAUAAAUUAGCGUAAUAGGGUCCAUUUAUGGACCACAUCCAGACAACUUAUCUUGGCUGGCACAUGCCGUCCUGGGCACUGGUCCAGGGAUGAGCUAGGAGCCUUUUAAUAUCCCAUCUACUGGGAGAACUUUGCUUUGAGUCAUGGCAGUGUCCAUCUUUAUUUUGCCUUCUCUCCCUUCCUCUCUGUCUUAAUGAUCUUGUCCUUCAGUAAAGUACCACCCAGUGCUCUGAUGCUCUGGAAUCAAAUGCUGCCACAGCGUCCCGGGUUUUCUUUCUCUCUCUGCUACAGAGAGCUCCUCUGCCCUUCACAUCUUCCUGCGAACACACGCAGCACGCUCUCCCUUAAGUGUGAUUCAUUCCUUCAUCUCCACAAGUUUAGUUAGAGAGCGCCGUUCGAUCACCUCAUUUUUACAGACAAUGCGUAACUAAUGAUUGUAGCCGUUCGGAUACUACUGAGAAUCCAGCAGUUACCUCAUUUCUGCGAUAAUAGGAGGCGUACUGCAGGGUUGGCCAAAGAACCGUUUGUUCUAAUGUCUGUCACAGUUCUUUAUGUUGAAUUUUUAGGACUGCUGUCAGGGUACUACCACUGGGGAUGCCCUAAAGUUUUCUACACAUAGUAGCUUUAACAGCCACAACAGUAAUAUAUUCUGCAACCCUUUCUUAUUUACUCCUUACUCAGUGCGGAAGGUACUGUAAAAUACACAUCAUAAAAACUUUUAACUCUACAACAUGCCCUGUUGAGUCUGAAGCUGCGGCAAGCGAUACAAGUUAAAUGCUUAAGUGUUGAUAAUUUGUUGUGGGGUGUAGAAUUCCAUAUGAUAAAAUCCCUCUGUAGGUGAGCGUCCUGUGAUUCGGUCCAGAGUGAGUGGGCCAUCACGGAGCAGUCACUAGCAGAUGUCAGUGUGAGGGCCGUAUUGAAGAGGACACAAAUCUCAACUAAGCCUCUCUAGUCCUUAUGUAACACCCUCAGCAAGGCGCUAUGCCUCACAGGUUGCUGGUAUUUAUGAGUGACAAUGACACACACACUCCACACAGGCUCAAGUCCCCUGUUCUCAGCAAUAGACUGGUUUUCUCUUUUUUUUUCAGAAGUAUGAAAUAAGAGGUUAUAUUUAGAAACCUCCAACAACAGGCCAGCAGCUCUUUGUGUACUGAACACUGCUUUCUCUCAGUCCAUGUGUAACCUGCAUCCAUCCGCGUGGUCUUUUUCCUUCAGACGGUGUAUGUCGGCAUUCCUCGUGCACUUUGUCAAACCAAGGACGAGAUCUGACAAGUGAUGUCUGCUUAAAAAUAGUUUCCCCUCAAUUCCUCCUUGCUAUCUUUGUCAGCUGUCAGAUCGACAGCGGACUUUAGAAACUUUGAAGGACGAGCUGGAUUAUUGCUUGCAGUCGGUCUC